AUGACUGCCCCCGCCCCUGUACACGAGCUCGAGCACGGUUCUCGCAACUCAACCGGCACAUGGACUCCUUUUAAUUGGGAUGACCCCCUCCACGGUGCUCAGUCAAAGGGUGAGGUUGUCACCAUCCGCACUGGAGGCACAACUGGCGGCAAUCUGGCAGCUGGUCUGUGGCGGACAGGGCCUGGCAUUGCUGGGUGUAACGAUGAUGGCACUGUCGAUAUCGUCUACUCGGCUCCCCUUGGUGACGAGACCAUGGUUCUGCUAGAGGGUUCCGCAGAUGUCCUGGCUACAGCUUCAGGCAAGAAAUACCACUUCAAGGCGGGAGAUAUCCUGGCGCACCCUAAGCACCUCGACCUCAAGUGGCAUGUCCACGGACCGUUCCUGAAGAAGUUCUGGGUUAUUUGGGAUGCCCCUGUUGAGGGUACCAAGAGUGACGAGCUGUUCGUCGGCAAUAUUAACGACAACCCUGAUGACUGGGCGCCAUAUACCUGGGAUGAGCCAGGAAAAGGAUCACAGACGGCAGGCGAGCUGAGAUUAGUUCGAAAGACGGGGUCUACGGGUCUCCUCAAUGUCGGUGUCUGGCGAAGUGGACGAGGGCUACCAGGCGCAACGGCCGAUGGGACGACUACCUUUGAGUACAGCUCUCCUCUUGGAGAUGAGACUAUCAUGGUCCUCGAGGGUGAGAUCAAGAUUGAGGAGCACGAGAGUGGAAAGGUACAUAGCUUCAAGGGCGGAGAUAUCUUUGCGCUGCCAUCCGGUUUGAAGGUUACAUGGACUUCCGUGGGGCCGUUUACGAAGAAGUACUUUGUUAUUACGAAUGGCCAGAAGGCUGGCUGA